AAUUGAAAUCACAAUCCCCCUACUUCGCCAUUUUACGCCCGUCUGGCCGCUGUUUCGUUGAGAGUUCCUGUUCAUUCUCUUUGUCAACCUAUCGAAACCAAGAGGGAGCUUUUUAACGACUCUCGAUGGGCAACUGGUGCUCUAACUGCUGUGGGUGUGGAGGCCGCUCGCAAGACGGUCUUUAUGAGCCGCUGUUGCAGGAGAAUGAACGCGAAGCCGUCGCCGACUUGCUUUCGUACCUUGAGAAUAGAAGUGAUACCGACUUCUUCAGUGAGGAACCUUUGAGGGCACUCAGCACACUUGUAUACUCCGACAAUGUCGACCUUCAACGAAGUGCUGCAUUGGCUUUCGCUGAAAUUACCGAGAAGAGUAUGACGCAAUACAGCUCAUCUUUGGCAUCUCUAACCGGAAUCAUAGAUGUCAAAGAAGUGAACCGCGAUACAUUAGAACCCAUUCUCUUCCUCCUGCAAAGCCAGGACGUCGAGGUCCAGCGUGCGGCAAGUGCAGCGCUUGGCAAUCUCGCCGUCAACACCGAAAACAAAGUUCUCAUUGUCCGCCUCGGUGGUCUCGACCCUCUAAUUAGACAAAUGCUUUCCCAAAAUGUGGAGGUUCAGUGCAACGCUGUUGGAUGUAUCACAAACCUCGCAACUCACGACGAGAACAAGACCAAAAUCGCUCGGUCGGGUGCUUUGGUACCUCUCACCAGACUGGCGAAGAGCAAAGAUAUGAGAGUGCAACGGAAUGCCACGGGUGCGUUGCUUAACAUGACGCACUCUGACGAGAAUCGUCAGCAGCUCGUGAAUGCGGGUGCUAUCCCUGUGUUGGUAGCAUUGCUGAGCAGUAUGGAUUCGGAUGUUCAAUAUUACUGCACGACUGCUUUGAGUAAUAUUGCUGUUGAUGGUGUGAACCGGAAGAAGUUGGCGCAGGGUGAGCCGAGGUUGGUCCAGAGUUUGGUGAACCUUCUGGAUUCACCGAGUCCCAAGGUGCAGUGCCAAGCUGCUCUUGCAUUGAGAAACCUUGCAUCGGAUGAGAAGUAUCAGCUGGAAAUUGUUCGCUCAUCCGGUCUUCCACCACUUCUCCGUUUACUCCAAUCCUCCUACCUUCCCCUCAUCUUAUCCUCAGUGGCAUGCAUCCGCAAUGUCUCGAUACACCCUCUCAACGAAUCACCAAUCAUUGACGCUGGUUUCCUCCGUCCACUAGUCAACCUCCUCGGAGGUGCUGAUAACGAGGAAAUCCAGUGCCACGCCAUCUCUACCCUCCGCAACCUCGCAGCCAGCUCGGAAAGGAAUAAGAGGGCAAUUGUGGAGGCAGGUGCGGUGCAAAAGUGCAAGCAACUGGUGUUGGACGUGCCGAUCAGCGUGCAAAGUGAGAUGACUGCAUGCAUGGCGGUGCUUGCGUUGAGUGAUGAGCUGAAGGGUCACCUUCUUUCUCUCGGCAUCUGUGACGUUUUGAUACCUCUGACCGAUUCGCCCUCGAUUGAGGUGCAGGGUAACAGUGCUGCUGCGUUGGGCAACUUGUCUUCGAAGGUCGAAGAUUACUCGCCGUUCAUUGCGGCAUGGGAUGAACCUGAGGGUGGAUUCCAUGCCUACCUCAGAAGAUUCCUCGCUAGCGAGGACACUACCUUCCAACAUAUUGCCGUGUGGACGCUUUUGCAGUUGUUGGAUUCGGAAGAUGAUAAUCUCGUGGAUUUGAUCAGGAGAAGCACUCAGAUCGUGGCGAUUGUCAAAGACAUGGCUCAACGUGACGUUCCGGAGGAUGAUGGUGACGAGGGUGAGGGCGAGCUGGUGGCACUUGCGAGGAAGGCGGUGGAGAUGCUUGAAUAAUGACUCGCAAGAUUAUGAUACAGUAGCAGUGUGAACGUUUUUGUGCCUUCUCUAUUGCUUUUGGAAGGCGUAUUGUCGGUAUUUGGCUUUGUUAUACGAUAUGGAAUAUAUGUAUUCCGUAAUCC